UUAUCGAAACAUUGAAUGCACCUUGUGCGAGUGUCUGGCAAUAGAAUAUCAACACCAACACAUAGUGACAUAGCAGUUUUUCAGAUUUCCCUUAGCGGAAAUGCCAAAAGUAAGCUAUCUCUCCACUGUUCACUGGACCUGACAGAGAAUCUGGUAUUGAAAUCACUGAAUCCAAAUCUAGUUGCAGCCAAAGUGAGCGAAAGUAUGAAAAAUGUUAUGAAUCAAGAAAGACCUUCAGUUAAUACCAAGGAAGUGAUUACAGUUAACACAAGUCUGGACCUGGACACAUUCUCAAAGCUCUUACCUUUCUUGCGAUGUUACUUUGUGAAUUCUCCGGUGAAUGAAGAAAACAAACUAAAAGUGGAGGACCAAGCCUCAAAAACUACUAGACUUAUCAAGACUACAAAUCCAAUUUAUUCAACUAAUGCUGAUGCCUCAAACACAACCAGACUUAACCAGACCACUGACCCAACCUAUUCAACUAAUGCUGAUGCCUCAAACAUAACCAGACUUAACAAGACCACUGACCCAACCUAUUCAACUAAUGCUGAUGGCUCAAUGGAAAAAAAAAUCCUAAUGGUCAUUUCAAUUUGCUCAACUUUCUUGAUUGCUGUUGCAUUGGCUCCUCAACAGCUGUUCAAUUUAGUAUUCAAAGCAAUGCUGUGGUCUGCACCUCCAAUGCUGCUGAAGAAAUAGAGAUUGCGAACAGUACAGAAGAAAACCAUGUUUAUGACUCAGUAAUAUAUACAGGAUAUUAGACCUUUGGGUACUACAUCAGAAAGGAAGAUUAUUAAAUCCUAGUCCAAACCUUCUACAGGAUGGCAAGUUCCAGCCCAAGACUUCAGAGGACCUAACUGAAACGAUUAAUUCAAAUGCUACAAGUAUUUCUGACCUAAGUAUCCAGCCUGAAACUUGGGAGAGCCUAACUGAAAGCAUCCCAACCAGUAUUGCUGACCAAACUCCCAAGACUACAGAGGGCCUAACUAUAACUAUUAAUAGAACCUCCACCCGUAUUGCUGACCAAACUGAAACAGAUCCAGUUUAUAUUAAUAUGGCUUGCCAAACUACUGUCAAUGAAAUGAAUAAAUGAAAACAUGUGAGCAGCCUUAAAUAUACUGAAAUUUUAUUCUACAAAAUGUAACUUCCUUCAGAAUGAAAAAAAACAAGUUUUGGGCAAUUAUAUGGAAAAAAAAACAAGUUUGGGACAAUUUUAAAAAUGUGUUGAUUCAGGUCUUUUUUGAAUGAUUGUUGUGUUUUUUUAAUUUUAAAAUAAUUUUUUUUAUGUGUUUUAGAUCUAUAUGUUAUCACUGUAAAAUUGAGUUGUUUCAUUUCAUAUGCGUAAGUCUUGUUAAGUUGUUCAGUAUUUCAUAGAGAUAUUUCCUUUUGAUACCAUCAUAAGCGAUUUAAGUUGAUGUACUAGUACAUUGUUUUCUUGACAUUUUUUUUAGUUUUAAUUUAUGUUAUGAGUGCUGCUUUCAAUCUGUUAAUGUUACUUCUUCCAAAAUUCUUGAUAUUGGUUAGUCUAAUUGUGAAUUCAGGUUUUUUCCUCCAUUUUUAGUAGCUCUGUUGUAAUUUUGGUCCUCUCCUGGUGCUUUGUAAUUUUUUAUUUCUGAUGUUUAAAUUAGAGUUGGUGAGUUUAUAGUGUUGGUAGGUUUAUUGUGUUGGUGGCUGUUCAUAUUUUCCUUUGUCUCCAUCUUGUUUUAUUUAGGAACUCCUCAAAGUAUUCAGCCCUUCUGGUUUUUUUUUUGUGACGAGAACACCAUUAUUGUUCUCAUACAUGUGUGAUCUUGCUUGAAAUCCAUUCUUGUCAUCCCUUAUUUUCAUGCCCAUUCCUCUCGCAUCAAGGUUCUCAAUGAGUGCUCUUUUUUUUUUAUUGCCUCAUUUUUAUGCUUUCGACAGAUUUUGUAACCCUUCGCCUUGCUUCUUUGUACUGCUUUCUGGUUUCUUUCUUUAGCAUUAUUUGUCUGUUCAAUAUGCCUGCAUUCUAUAUGUCAGACUCUCCUUUUCUUUUGCUUAAAUCCAACCAUGUCAUCUGCUUUACUUUUAAUAGCAUGUUGUUGUUUUUUUAUUGCUCAUUUGUUAUAAUUAGGAUUACCCACAGGCUACGUCUGUUGUUGUGCUUCAACAAUUUAUCUUUUGGUCUGUGAAUUCUAGUAUAUGCUUCAUUUAAUUGGAGUGGCCAGCUUUAAAUUCCUUCCCAUACACACUUCUGGCCUGUGAACUGUUCUCACGUAACAUUUUGACCCAAUAUCCCCCAUCCAAUUUCAAUACUCUUCUAAGAUAUUACUUUGAAUUAGAGCGGCUCACUUAUAUUGAUCUCCCACACACAAACACAUCCUUCUGGCCGUUUUUUUUUUACCACCACCCCAACACACAAAAUAAAAUAUCUAUAUUUGCUUUUUCUUUUUAAAACAUUUUACACACAUAAAACAAAAUUUUUGUCCUAGCUUUGAUAGAAAAAAAAAGAUUGUUUUCAUAUAAUGUCUACAAAAACAAGUUAGGGGCCACAUACUGCCAUUGAAAUUUACUUUCGAAAGGAGUUUUUUUUUUAAAUGGUGAUUAAAACAGAAAGAAGUAUAAAAUUGUCUUUUUGUUAUAGCAACUUGAAGAUAAAAUUGGGAAUGAAACAUCAUUUUGGGAAGUUUUAAUUGCUGUAGCUUCCAUUUGUGAACUGGCUUAGUUGUUCUAGAGCAGGGGUUCUCAACCUGUGGGUCGCGACCCCAUUGGGUGUCGCCUAAGACCAUCGAAAAUAUGGAUUGUUUUUGUCUAUUCUUCUUUUGCUGUGUGUGUGGGGGGGGGGGGGGUCGCGGCCGAGUGGGGGAUUCUAAAAAGGGGUCGCCAAGCUUAAAAGGUUGAGAACCGUUGUUCUAGAGACAAGUUAAGUAAUAACAAGUUAAAUUUGUAUUUUUUUUAGUUCACCACAAUCGGGGUACCGUAACUAGUGAAAGGUGGGGGAAUCAGUAAGUGCCCUUAGAAUUAUAGUCUAGAUUGUAAUUGUCCUUUUCCAAUGCUGUUAGAUGUGUUAGGAAUUCUUAAGUUUCUGCAUCAAGUGGGUCUAUCAUGAGUUUUUGAGUAUCAUAUUGCUGUGCUACUUUGGUUAUUGUAUAUUUUACUUUUACUCUUUGUCUAAAUUUAGCUUUGGCUACUAGAUGGUCUGCAUCUGUUUCUCUGAAACUUCUUACAUGAAAGACAUCAAAUCUACAUCUUUUACUUAUGAUUAUCCAUUUAUGAUCUAUUGGAUUUUGGUUUUUCCAUCAGGUGAGAUCCAUGUUGCUUUGUACAUUUUCUUAUGCUGGAAUUUAGUGCUACAGAUAGACAUUCCUUUUCCUGAGGCCAAACCCAGUAAUGUUAGGUCAUUAUUAUUUGCCUCUUCAUAUAAGUUUUCUUUGCCGAUUAUUGGUCUGAAGGCGAAUUCUUUUCCAAUUUUGGCAUUGAAAUCUCCUAAAACUAUUUUGAUGUCCUGCAGUGUUGCCUUGUCAUAAAUUCUUCUAGUCCAUCAUAGAAGGCUUAUUGUGUGAUCAAUGCUUUUUCCUUCAACGUUAAGGGCGUUUUAUUAUAGCCUAAACAUUUUUUAAAAAUUAACUUUAUAUUAUUCAUAUUUGUUUUAGCUUUCCCAACAAUAUUUUUUUUUUAUAUGACUGUUAUUAACCCUGCACACAACCAGCUGGGGGUGGCCUAUUAAGCUCUCUGGAUAGCUGCCUUUACUUUCAGUUAAGGUGCCAUAAUCUUUGUGGAUCCUUCCUUUUCAUACAGGCAGCAGGUUCGAUUUUGGUAUACCAUAAGUAUUUUAUUUCUUCGAUAUUUGCCAUAUCUGAAGAGCAUACCCCUAUUUGCCACCUGAGUAAAAGUUUGAUGGGAGAUCAAAGACUCCAGAUGAGAAAAGUUCAAGCUUGAUUUAAUUGUGAUCCUUCAGUUGUGAAACUACUAUAUGGAAAUGAAUCCCUGUGCAAUGGCCGAAACUAUAUCUCCUCAGCAGUUUCCCUCUCUCCAAGCAACUGAUCUAGAUCCAAAGGAACAGCAAGUGUCGAUACAAGAUCAGUGGCCUCACAGGCUUUAUACUAUUGUCUUUCUACUUCUGCUGAUGAAUUUCAGAAUUUUGGCCCUUGAAGGCCUGAUUGUAAAUUUGUUUAUUAACAUUGCAUUGCACUAUAUAUACAAUUAUUUUAUAAGCUUUGGAAGCUGCCUGUUUUCUUCAUAUUUAACUUUUUUUUUUCGCAUAUUAACUUCGAACAUUUACUUUUUAAAAAUUAAUGUAGCCAUGAUAUCUGGACAGUUAUUUUGUAGGGAUACUGUUUGAGUCACAGCUUUUCUGGAAUGUUACUUGCGAGUUGCAUAAUCAAACUAUCUAUGUGAGGAAAUAAAGUACUAAGGAUAUUACCUGCAUGUAAGGCUUGUUAUUGACCUAUAAUUAGGAUGAACUAUUUGUUAUGAACUAUUUGUUAUGAACUAUUUGUUGAGAUUAAAAUUUUGAAACAGUU